AUGAUGUCCACCCCCUUCCGCAGCCACAAGUCCAAACGCACCUCUCGCAGCCACAAAAAGAAAACCGACCGCGGCCUCCCACCCCUCCGCAUAGCCGUCCUAGGCCCAACAGGCCAAUGCGGCAGCUGUAUCGUCGACGAGCUAUUAUACCGAGGUCAUGAUGUGGUGGGUGUAUCGCGGAAUCCGCCAGAGGCCUGGAAAGAAGGAGAGAAUUCUGCACACAGGGGUGUGUAUGAGAGUGUCGCUGUGGAUGUGAGGGAUGAGGGGAUGUUGCGAGAUGUGUUUUCGAGUGGUUUUGAUGCGAUUGUCUGUGCUUUUGCGCCAGGGAUUAGGGAUUUGAAGAGUGUUUACGAGAAUGGGGUUGAGGGGCAUGGGAGGGUGAAGAGAGCGCUUUUGCGGUCGAGUCAUAGUGGGAGUUUUAUCGUUAUUGGAGCGGGGUCGCUUCAUACGAUGAAUAGAAGACAGCUAGUUGACGAAACUGGCUUUGCGUAUAGUUGGUGGUACAUUUGGCCCGACGAGCAUUUCAACUACAUGCGCGUGCGCGCCAGAGCCCACGGCAACUUCUUCUUCUCCCUAUUCAUCGCCGGCUUCCGCUGGGCGCGAAACAAUGUCGAGCACCCAGGCUGGUUCUCAUGGCUCUUCCGUCCCAUAGCAUGGACCUACCUCUUCCUCGCAAAACGCAAACUCACUUCCCCCCAAACCCGCUCCCUGAUAACCUCCACCCGCACAGCCCUGACAAUGUGGGAAGGCGUCCGCGAAAAGAAAUGGACCUUCCUAUCGCCUCCGGGCCAGCUACGCGAUCAAGGCGUUCGGACCGGGCGAUAUAAGAUAUUCAUAGAUUCGGAAGAGGAUCCAGCCGUGGAGGCUGUCGACGGCGCGAUAUAUAAUGAGGAUUUGGCGGUUGCGGUCGCGGAUGAGAUCGAGGGCCCGCGGAUGACGUUUUUGCAUUGGAGUGUCGUUGGGAGGGUUGGGUUGGCUGCUUGGUAG